AAUCUGAAAAUUCAACGGCGAAGAGACCAAGAGAACGAUCAGAUAUCACCGUUGGAUCAGUCGUCGUCGUCCUAAUCUAACGGCCAGGAGACUUUUCUCCGGUAUCUUGUGCUUUUUUCCCGUUACGACUUCGUCGACCCCAAAACCUAAUCCACCAUGUCUUCCAGAAGAAGGUCGAAGCUUGGAUCGUCGACGAAGAAGAGGAAGACGAGAAAGAAUAAGCAGACUAGGAAGGAAAAAGAAAAGGACCAAACUUUCAUAAAUCUUCCCUCUGAUCUCUUACAACUGGUUAUUUCCCGUCUUUCAUUGAAAGACAACAUCCGUGCUUCUGCUGUCUGCAAAACAUGGCACGAAGCUUGUGUUUCUCUUCGAGUGAUACAUACAUCUCCUUGGCUUAUCUACUUUUCCAAAACAGACGAUUCCUAUGAACUUUAUGACCCAUCAAUGCAGAAAACAUACAAUCUUCACUUCCCUGAGUUAUCCGGUUUUCGGGUUUGUUACUCCAAAGAUGGUUGGUUACUCAUGUACAAUGCCAAUUCCUAUCAACUCCUUUUCUUCAAUCCGUUUACCCGUGAUCACAUACCCGUGCCUCCGCUUUGGAUGGCAUAUGAUCAAAGAAUGGCUUUCUCUUGUGCUCCUACAUCAACUAGUUGUCUCUUGUUCACUGUCAGUUCUGUCACUUGGAAUUACAUCACCAUCAAGAAAUGUUGUGCUAAUGCUAAAGAGUGGAAAACAUUUGUGUUCAAGAAUCGGUUACAGCGAAACUUCAACACUUUCGAGCAGAUUGUCUUCUCCAAUGGUGUCUUCUACUGCCUCACAAACACCGGAUGCUUACGUCUCUUUUACCCAUCUUUGAAUUCUUGGAAUGUUCUUCCUGGGCGACCUCCUAAACGUCCUGGAAGCAACGGAUGCUUCAUGACAGAACACCAAGGAGAAAUCUUUCUCAUUUAUAUGUACAGGCACAUGAACCCAACAUUGCUUAAACUUGACCUUACAAGCUUUGAAUGGGCUGAGAGGAAAACACUGGGAGGCUUGACGAUCUAUGCAAGCGCUUUGUGUUCUGAAUCCAGAGCCGAGCAGCAGAAGCAGAGUGGAAUAAGGAACUGUUUGUGUCUCUCUGUGUUCCAUGGUUUCAAGAGGACUUGCAUAUAUUAUAAGGUUGAUGAAGAGAGUGAGAUUUGCUUCAAGUGGAAAAAACAGAAUCCGUAUGAGAAUAUAUGGAUCAUGCCACCACUCAACCUCAUUGAUCUCCCUGUGUUUGAUCAACGUAUCUAGUAAUAGUUAGAGAAUUCUUGUUCAUAAAUAUUCAAACACAUGUACAAUCUAUUUUGUAUACAGAUUACUGAUAAUAAAAGAGGGAAAUUCUC